CCGAGCGGCGAGGAGCAUCAGGGUCAGAGGCUCUUAACUUUGGACUACUGGACACAUCUGGACCGCGAUGCAAUGCUGCUGCAGGGAGGAUACUCCGCUGUCUGUGCUGCACUUUUACUUCAUGUUUACUUUCUGGAGCCAGCCUUGGUGCUCGCCUUCAACCUUGACACGAGUCAUGUCAUCAGGAAAGGCGGAGAGCCGGGGAGCCUGUUCGGGUUCUCUCUCGCCAUGCACCGGCAACUCAACCCGGAUAAAAGAAUGCUGUUGAUUGGUGCUCCCAGAGCCAGAGCUUUAGGGAAACAGAAAGCCAACAUCACAGGAGGACUUUAUAAAUGUGAAAUCUCUCAGUCCAAUGAUUGUGAACGCGUUGAAUUUGAUAAUGAAGAGGACAUACGUAUUGAGAACAAGGAGAAUCAGUGGAUGGGGGUGAUGGUUCAGAGCCAGGGACCUGGGGGAAAGAUUGUGACGUGUGCUCAUCGCUAUCAGAGGCGCUUGUUUGUGAACACCCCUCAGGAGUCUCACGACAUCACUGGGCGCUGCUAUGUCCUGAGUCAGGACCUGACCAUUGACUCGUCCUCUGAUGAGGACGGAGGUAACUGGAACUUCUGUGAGGGCAGAGCCCGAGGCCAUGAGAUGUUUGGAUCGUGUCAGCAGGGUUUGGCUGCCACCUUCACCAAGGACUACCAUUACGUGGUUUUUGGAGCACCAGGAGCUUACAACUGGAAAGGCAUUGUGCGAGUGGAGCAAAAGAACAACACUUUGCUAGAGAUGGGAGUGUAUGAUGACGGCCCGUAUGAAGUUGGAGAUGAGCAUCUCUUGAACCCUGAGCUGGUGCCUGUACCUGCCAACAGCUAUCUCGGAUUCUCCCUUGAUUCGGGACACAGCAUCACCAGGCGUCGCAGCCUGACGGUGGUGGCUGGAGCACCCAGAGCCAAUCACAGUGGAGCUGUGGUCCUGUUGAAGAAAGAGAGGGAAGCCUCCACCAGACUCUCUGUGGAGCACACUCUGCAUGGGCCAGGACUGGCAUCCUCCUUUGGAUACGACGUGGCUGUAGUUGACCUGAAUGGUGAUGGAUGGCAGGACAUAGUUGUAGGAGCCCCUCAAUUCUACAUGAAGGACAGAGACGUAGGAGGGGCUGUUUACGUCUACAUCAACAAGGCAGGAAGGUGGGAAAAGAUCGCUCCUAUCCGUCUGAAUGGGACCAAAGACUCGAUGUUUGGACUGGCAGUGGAGAACAUUGGAGACGUCAAUCAAGACUCAUAUGAAGACAUUGCCGUUGGAGCUCCUUAUGAUGACAGCGGGGCAGGAAAAGUCUACAUUUAUCAUGGCUCUGCACAAGGAAUCAACACCAGUCCUGCACAGAUCCUUUCAGGAAAAGAGCACAACCUCCGAUUAUUUGGUUAUUCCCUGGCAGGAAACAUGGACCUGGACAGUAACUCUUAUCCAGACCUGGCUGUAGGCUCUCUGUCGGACACAGCUCUAAUUUACAGGGCACGGCCAGUCAUUAGCAUCAGGAGAGGUGUCAAAAUAUCUCCACAGGAAAUUGACCUUACAAUCAAAACCUGUGGUAACAGCAUUUGCAUCACCGUGGACGCAUGCUUCACCUUCAUGGCAAAUCCUGCAUCCUACAGCCCUAGACUAACUAUCAGCUAUUAUAUCGAGGCAGAUGGAGAUCGCAGGAAACAGGGGCUGCACUCCAGACUGAUGUUCCUGAACAAAUCCCACGCUGACACAGACUACCAGUUUAACGGCACCUUAGACCUCCGUGGUCAAAACCAGGAAACAUGCAUCAAGAUAAAAGCCAAACUUAAGGAAAAUAUUAAGGACAAGAUGAGGAGCAUUCCCAUUGAGGUGUCUGCAGAAAUUUUGGGUACAAAGCGACAGAAGACAAGGAAUGGCCUCCCUCAGCUUAUGCCUAUAUUAGACUCCUCUCAACCGAGCAAAGAAAUCAUUGAGGUCAACUUUGUAAAAGAGGGAUGUGGAAGUGAUCAUAUUUGUCGGAGUAACCUGAAGAUGGAGUACAAAUUAUACUACAAACAAAACAACAUGCACUCCCCACUACCCAUCAAGAACAACAUCCCCGUGUUUCAUCUGAAUUACGAGAGGAAGGACUUGGCUCUGCGCGUGACAGUGAACAACAUGAAUGGAGAUGAUGCUUAUGAAGCAAAGCUUUUGGGGACUUUCCCAGAUGCGCUGUCGUACUCUGGAGUCCGCUCACACCAAACAAUGGUGGAAAAGCCAAUCAUCUGUAUUGCUAAUGAGAAUGGCUCUCAAGCAGACUGUGAGAUGGGAAAUCCUUUUAAGAGAGACUCAGAGACUACAUUUUACAUCAUCCUGAGCACUGUGGGUAUGAGUCUCGACACGACGGAGAUUGACAUUGACCUGCAGCUCCAAACGACCAGUGUGCAAGAAAAUAUUGCCCCUGUGAAAGUAAAGGCUCAAGUUAUCAUUGAAUUGCCAUUGUCAGUCAGUGGGGAGGCCAGUCCUAAUCAGGUUUCUUUUGGAGGUGUUGUGAAAGGAGAAAGUGCCAUGAAGACAGAAGAAGAGAUUGGAGGCUUGAUUAACUAUACAUUCAGAAUAAACAACUUGUGGAGGUCGUUGAAGCCUUCUGUUAAAGCUUCACUACACAUUCAGUGGCCCAAAUUCAACAAAAAUGGGAAAUGGCUUUUGUACCUGGUGAAGAUCACUGCUACAGGACAGGAGGACAUCCGCUGCUCUCCUGAGUCUGAGAUCAACUCUCUCAAACACAUCCAGGAGUCCACUGUGUCCCGAACAAAACGGGAAGUUGAGAGGGAAGAAAGAAAAUCUGGUGGAAAAAUGUCUUCUCUGUUGGACAAAAAUAAAGUCUUGAUUUGUGGGAGAGAGAUCAAAUGUGUGGUGCUCAAGUGCCCCCUGCAGGGCCUGGAUGGUACAACAAUUGAGCUGAGGUCUCGUCUGUGGAAUUCGACCUUUAUUGAGGAUUAUGCCUCUGUUUCGACCUUGCAUAUAGUUGUGAAGGCCAGGCUCGUGCUUCAGGCUCAGGCCGAAAACAUGAUCCUGACGACUCCUAACACUGACGUGACAGUGGCAGUGUCCCCAGAAAGUGCAGUAGCACAGUAUGGAGGAGUUCCCUGGUGGAUCAUACUGGUGGCUGUCCUUGCAGGCAUCCUUAUUCUGGCUCUGUUGGUGUUUCUGCUCUGGAAGUGUGGAUUCUUCAAACGCUCUAAACAAGACAGCAGCGUCCCUCGCUACCACGCCGUGCGGAUCAGAAAGGAAACUCCUGAGUAUAAAGAUGGAAAAGUCAAGCUUGAUCCUUUUGGAAAAAAGCAGUGGAUGACGACUUGGAUUGACAAUGAAAGCUACUCGUGACUCGUCUUUCUGUUCAAAUGAUUUUUGCAGAUGGGGAUAACCUGUUUUUCUUAGUGUUUUAAGGCACAAAUACACUGAGGUUUGUGCAUUGUCCCUUUGGUAAACAUGAUGCUCAGUGAUUUAACUUGGAAUUAGCUGUGUUCACGUCUUUGAAUUUUUACACUGUAUAGAUGAUGACUUUUUUGUAAGUUUUGUAUAUAUUUAAAUACUUGGGCACACUGUAUAUUUAUUUUUUGAUUAAAAAAAAAAAAAAAAAUUCAUGCAGCCAAAGAGUUUGUGCAGUCUUAUUUCUGCCCUGGAGUAAAGCGAAUAAAGGGCAAAGGUUACUACUGUUUUUAUUAAGUUGUACUGUCUUAAAGACUAUGUAAGGAAGGUACAGCUAGCUCAGUGUAACAUGAAUGUAAAUCAGUAAACAUUUUUUUUUUUUGUUGUUGUAAAUGCAUCUAGUUUCAGUACUUUCCAACAAAAGUACAUCUGUCCUCUUUGGAAUGACAUAUAGGUACAUCACCAUGUCACAAUACUUGUGUACAAAUGACCAAGACUGACUCUAGAUGCAAGUGGAGGUUGUUUUCACUUCUGUUCAGAUUUAUUUGUUACCUCUUCUCACUGUUGUGGCAUUCGGGUAGCAUCCACUGUACUGUAGGUCAUCACUGAAGUAAGAAUGAGACUUUUUUUUCCAUGUGAGGAAUCCAAAGGGAAGAUCGUGAAAAGCAACUGAAAUGUAUGUUUUAUACAUUUAAUUCAAAAUCAGUUUCUUACUUGUUGAAUUGUCAAGUAUAAUA